CAAGUUUUAGAGAGAAAGUCUCAAGUAUACUGUAAACAUGUUUUGGCUGGUCGCAUAGCACAAAUCUUGGGUAAACUUGUGUAUCAAGAAGUAUCACAAGAUCAAUAUUUGAUGCUAUUAAAUUCUAUGUUUGACUUGGAGGAGAAUAAUGGAUGAAGAGACAUCUCAGUAUUAUUUUACGGCUUCAAUGGACUCUGGCAAAACUUUGUGCAGCUUGCUAAAAGCCAUUCAGUUUCAAGAGUCUGCUGUGUUCUGUGCUCUGCCGGAAGGUCUGAAGUUCACUGUUGAGGAAGGCAAGUGUGUCCAAGCCUCAGCAUAUGUUCCUGCUGAUAACUUCACUGAGUACCAUGUUAGAGAUGAUGUGGAUGUUAUGUUCAAAAUAAGUGUUGCUGUUUUAGCUGAAUGCCUCAAUAUAUUUGGUUCAGGAGAAGAAUCAAGUCUGAAAAUGUAUUAUAGAUGUGAAGGGUCACCUUUGCUAUUAGUUCUUCAACCGCAAUCGGUCUACAAUGUGAUGACAGACUGCGAAAUAUUUACACAAACGGCCGAUUCGGUUUUGGAACUUCGAGAUGAAGACUGCCCUGAAGUGGCAAAGUUGGUACUGAAAGCGCCAGCAUUCUUGGGUCUGCUGUCAGACCUUGAGCGGUCCUGUGACAUAAUAGAAAUUAAUCUGUCGCCUGAACAUCCUCAUGUUAGCAUUGUUACAUAUGGAAUGCAGGAUAGAUCUUGUAUUGAAGUACCCAAAUCGUCAGACAUGGUGCAGAGUUUCAGUUGCGAGGAACCUGUAACCCUGAAAUACCAGUUACACCAUGUACGGCUUAUUAUGAAAGCACUCGCUAUCUCAACCAAGGUGGUGUUAAGGUGCAGUUCAAAUGGAUUAUUACUACUACAGUUGAAAUUAGAAAAAGAAGAUCAAAGGCAAAUGUUUUCCGAAUUUUAUAUAGUACCGUUAUUGGAUGAUUGAUUUUUAACGGGAUUAAUAAAAACGCUAAGGGUACUACAGGGCUGUGAAAUAAAUAGUACAGUGUUGAUACAAAA